CUCUCACUCACCAAUUGUACCUGCCAAGUACGUUUACCUGUACCUCCCAGUCUUCUGGCAUCAUCAUCUUUACAUUUGUAUUAAAAUUCCCAUCCUACCCUUCACCCAUAUAAUAUAACUCUCUCUAACACACUCUUGUCUCCAUCCUUAACCAGACCAACCAUAACCACAAACCUCAACAAACACCAUCUCCCUCUGCUCCUCUCACUCACACUACACCUCUUCAACACUACUUUUAUAUUUCUCAGAUGAAGCAGCUCAUCCGUCGCCUCUCGCGCGUCGCUCACUCCUCAAAUUACACGCUCCUCCGCUCCGACUCCUCCUCCUCGUCGCGGGGCUGCCGCCGCCGCCACCGCUCGGAGUCCUUCCGUGCCUCCAAGAUCCGCCGCUCCUCCGCAGUGGUGCCGGAGGGGCACGUCCCGAUCUACGUCGGCGACGAGAUGGAGAGGUUUGUGGUUUGCGCUGAGCUCCUCAACCACCCUGUCUUCGUGCAACUACUCAACGAAUCCGCGCAGGAAUACGGCUACGAGCAGAAAGGCGUUCUCCGGUUGCCAUGCCGCGUCUUCGAUUUCGAGCGCGUGCUACACGCGCUCCGCCUUGGCCUCGACGCGCCUGAUGUUUCCGAGCUCGUUAACUUCUUGCCGGAAGAAUUAUCCUGAAAAGUAAAUGAAAAAUGAAUACGCAUAUGGUGAUUUGGCUGGAUCUUUUACUGGUUUUGUUGUGCUGUAAAUACAGAUUAGGAACUUGAGAAAAAAGAGACACAGAAAUUUAGGGUUUGUAAUUGUUUUUGGUUCGGUUUCUUCAGGUUGUUGUUGUUCUGUCACUGUAAAGGCGAAGAUAUUUUUAACGCUGUUGUUUGCGACCGGAGAAUGAGAAUCAUCACUUUUUUGACAUUUC